AUGCCUAAAUCCCACAGUAGAGUACAAUCUAGUCAUUCCAUUUCUGAGUUUACUCACUACGAUGAAAAAAGAACCUGGAUCAUGGAGGAAAGUUACCAGCCUUCAAGACAAAGCAGCUCGCGCCAAAAGAUGCUAGUAUACAUGCUUUUUCUCGCAGAGGCAAUCAUGGCGGCAUCACUAUCGGCACAAAUCCCUCUUCUUGUCGCUUCCUCCUCGUCUGCUUGUUCGGACUACAGCUCUGCAUACAUUCGAAGCCUGCUGGAAUGCGCCUACUUCUUUGGCAGCACUUGCAGUAUCUUCUGGGGCUCCGCAGCAGAUAUCUUUGGCCGAAAGGUGAUUUCCAUGCUUGGUCUGGUCGGUACAUUGGCUUGCUGCCUGUUCAUGGGAUUCGCUACCUCUCUUCCUGGAUGGGUCACUCUGCGAUUUUUGGCUGGCUGCAUGAGCUCAGCCAUAUUCACAUCUGCUCUUGCGAUGCUUGCUGAUCUUGGCAUGCCAUCAGCUGCUUCCCUUCGAACUGUAUCGUGCCUCCCUCUUAUAUCUGUCUGUGGUGGCAUUGGUCCACUAUUGCAAUCACUUGUCAGACAGCUCGGUAAACGUGCACCUGCCGGCAUCUGGUCGCAGUGGCCUGCACUGAACGGUCAAGUCGCGUGUGCUGGUAUGAUCUUCAUUGUUCUCUUGGUUGAAGCCUUCUGUUUGCGAGAGACCCUGAAUACCGAGUCCGCGGUCGAUCGAAUCACCGAGAAAGCAACUCUGCUUGGAACCAAGUCCGAGGACAGCGAGACAUUGCUGUCUGUCUCUGUUGUCGAUUCAGACGAGGAGCCCACGAGUAUUUGCAUCGACGACUUCCUGCAAGCUCCCUCCUUUGUCACUCUUCUGGUGUCAUUCUCUAUUCUUUCUUUACACUCAUCAACAUUUGAAGUACUGCUUCCUCAUCUCGCCGACUCACCUGCCAACAUGGGUGGUAUGGGUCUCCCCUGCGGUCUGCUCAACACCGUCGUCACAAUCGUCAAGGCGAUAGCCGCUAUUGGCGUCUUCUACACUUUGCCAAAGUACACAGCCAAGCUAGAUGUUCUAGCCACUUACCGUCAGGUCUCUGUCGCUUUUCCGGCCAUCUAUGUUCUGAUCCCCUUCUUUGCAAUGCUGGCCACAGUCUCUGGCGCCCCUCCUGUGUCUUGGGCCGUCUUCUCCACCGCGGCAGUAGUCGCCAAAGAACUUUUCGCCGAACUCGCACACGUCCUCGCCAUCCUCCUCGCAUUCUCCGCGUCACCUAAUGCAUCGUCUGCAGGCACUGGCAUAGGCCUACUGGGUCUCUCCAAUCUUUUCAAGGCACUUGCUGUGGGUGUCAGUGGAUUGAGUUAUUAUCUAUCAGACGCAUAUUCAGUGGUCUCUAUCAAUGCCAUUCUAUGGGCGCUUUUGGCGGUUCUGGCAUUUACGGGUUCGUGUGUUAAUUCAAGGUUAAGAGAGGCUCCGUUGGUUGGACAGGAUAUUCCGGCCGAGUUGUUGAGGUGGAGCAGUGUUUUUGAUGCAGAGUCGGAUUCUGAAGCUGAUGUGUAG